AUGAAGGUGGUACUCCUUUUGUUCUCUUUCAUUUUUUUCAUUACCAAAUGUCAUUGUGAAACUGAAGAUUAUAAACAGCUUCUAUUGAAGCUGGACAAGUUGGAGGCGCUGGUGGUGGAUGGCUACGAGCUCUUCCACAAAAAAAAAAUAGGACAAACGGAUAUUGAGGUAGAUAGCAGUUCUGAUGGAACUCGUGUUAAUCCUUUAGCUUACAAAAUAGUAGAUUUUGUGGGCAAGUAUUUGGCAUUACAACUACCUGGACAUGGCCACUUGCUACACAUGAUAAAAGAUUUGGCCUUGAACGUCAAUGGUCUAAAAUAUCUUGUGGAGAGCUACGAAGAAUUCAAUCAACUGAUGCACGUGGUAAACUUCAACUAUGAUUUGUUGAGAGCAAAACUCAACGACAUGUGUGCCCACGAGUAUUGCAAAAUACCCGAGCAUCUAAAAAUCACUGACAAUGAAUUGGACAUGCUAAAGAAAGUUGUGUUGGGUUAUAGGAAGCCCUUGGACAAUAUAAAGGACGAUAUUGGAAAAAUGGAGGCCUUCAUUAAUAAAAAUAAGCAAACAAUAACAAAAAUAAACGAGUUAAUUGCUGCGGAGAAUGUUAAAGCGUAUGGCCAAAACAACAACGGGGCUGUUAUUGUAGGUCAGUCAACUGAUGGUAAUCCAACUGUGAGAGGCAGUGCGGAUGCUGCUCGAAGUUCUGGUUUGCUUGAUAUUCCAUCAACUUCUACAAAUCAAGACUACAGCAAGCAGAAAACCGCUUACCAAGCCAUUUACAACAUCAUAUUUUACACGAACCAGCUAGAGGAGGCGCAAAAGUUAAUUGAAGUCCUGGAGAAGCGCGUGAAUGUGCUGAAGGAGCACAAAAGCAUCAAGGCGCUACUCGACCAGGUCGCAACAGAAAAGGAAAAUCUUGCUAAGAAUACUAAUACCAACACUGGAGAUGUAACAACUGUACAGCAAGAAGCCCAAGAUAAAAUUACCGACCUCGAGAAGCAAAUCAUAGCCAUUGCCAACACGGUGAACUUCGACAUGGGUGGUGUGUUCACCAACCCAGAGGAAUUGGACUACUACUUGAGGGAGAAGGCAAAGAUGGCCGGAACCCUAGUCACCCCCGAAAGCACCAAGUCCAUAAGCGCCCCAGGAAAAACAGUUCCAACCAUGAAAGAGACCUACCCACACGGAAUAACUUACGCUCUACCAGAAAGCACCAUUUUGGAACUGAUAGAAAAUAUUGAAUCUCAGGAAUCAUUUGGUGAUUUACAAAAUCCAGAUGAUGGACAGCAACCAAAUAAAGGAAUCAUCAUUAAUGCAGGCACGAGAAAAUUAUUGCUAGACAAAAUUAUGAAUAAAAUUCAAGAGGAAGAAGAGAAAUUACCUGCACUACAACAAGAGUACGACCAGAAAAUGAAGCUGUACAAACAAAAGCUUCAGGCAUUUCUCCCAUCACUUAAUUAUUUUUAUGAAGCAAGACUCCACAACACUCUUGUUGCAGAAAAAUUUGAUGAAUUUAAAACUAAUAGGGAGGCAUAUCUGAAGGAGAAAAAUGAAUUAGAGAAAUGCACCUACGAACAAAAUAUCAAUCUAAUUAACAAACUGAAAAAACAACUGACCUAUUUGGAGGACUACACCUUAAGGAAAGAUAUCGCUGAUGAUGAAAUUAAUUACUUUAGCGAUAUGGAGUGGAAAAUAAAGAACGAAAUUUAUGAGCUAGAUAGGGAAAUUCGAAAAAAUGAAAUCAAGCUCAUUGUGGACAAUAAGUUUGACUUCUCCGGGGUUCUGGAACUACAAGUACAGAAAGUGUUGAUGUUAAAAAAGAUAGAGGCUCUGAAAAAUGCCCAAAACCUUCUUAAGAAUGCCAAGGUCAAGGACGGCCUGUACAUUCCCAAGGUGUACAAGAGUGGAGACAAACCAGAGCCCUACUACUUGAUUGUCCUCAAAAAGGAGAUUGACAAAUUGAAGGACUUUAUCCCAAAAAUUGAGACCAUGAUCACCACUGAGAAGGCCAAGUCGGUCACGGCACCGGUAGUGAUCAAGGGACAAUCCCUUAGGGGAGCCAGUGAAACAAAGGAAACGACUACCACAUCCCUUGUGGGAGAUGCUGUAGCAGCAGCAGGACAAACACAACUAGCAGCAGCAUCAGCAGGACAACAAGGAACAGGACAAACAGCAACAGAAGGAUCAGCAGGACAAGGGGAACAAGCAGUAACAGAAACAGAAGAAACACCAACAGUACAAACAGAAAAAUCAGAACAAUCAGAAUCAGUAGUUGAAAAAUCAACACAUGAAACAACAACAACAGGAGGACCAACAGUUGAAGAAUCAGCAACAACAGAUAAACAACCAGUAGAAUCAGAAGCAACACAUGAAACACCUCCAGCAGCAAUAGGAGAAGGCGCACAAACAACAUCAUCACCAGAGGAACCAACAGAAGCAGAGGCAGAAGUACCAGCUCCUGGAAAAUCAGCAACAACAGCUGAAGAACCAGCACAAAAAACAGAAGCUCCAGCAGAUGCAGCAGCAGCAACGACACCUGCACCAGCACCCGUACCUGCAGUACCAACCAUGUCUAAACUGGAAUACCUCGAAAAGCUUUUGGAUUUCUUAAAAUCCGCUUACGCAUGUCACAAGCACAUUUUCCUAACCAACACCACCAUGAACCCUGAACUACUGACGCAGUACAAACUUACACCUGAUGAGAAAAACAUAAUUAAUCAAAACUCAUGUGAUGAACUAGACCUCCUAUUCAAUAUUCAAAACAAUUUACCAGCCAUGUACUCUAUAUAUGACACCAUGAUCAACGACCUACAGAACCUUUACAUUGACUUGUACCAGAAGGAAAUGAUUUACAACAUAUAUAAGAACAAAGACACGGAUACGAAGAUUAAGGCUUUCCUGGAAGCAUCCAAUAGCAAUGCGGCUGCGGCGGCUGCCCCUGCUUCUGCGGCACCCCCUACGGUACCCCCUACGACAUCCCCUGCGGUGGCCCCUGCUCAGUCAGCAGUAAAUGUCACUGAUAACGUUGUUACUAAUCCUGUAGCCACAACAACGACGACGACAACAGUAACUCCAGGUACCCAAGAUUCAGAUGCAACCAACACACAAACGACACUUCAAACGGAACAAAACGUAUCCGUGAGAGCUAGCAACGAGGAUGAACCCAAGGUCACUAUUGUACAAAUGGAAAAGCCUUACGACAGGUACUUAUCCCAAAUGGACACAUACAACGAUUAUUUCGCUAAGUUCCUCGAAUCUCAAAAAGAGAACAUCAAUAAUAUGAAUAAAGAACAGUGGGAAACAUUAGGUGCUGAAAUUGAACAACUGAAAGAAAAAAUACAAGUGUCUUUGGACCACUACGGAAAGUAUAAGCUAAAAUUAGAAAGAUUCAUGAAGAAGAAGAACAAAAUUUCUAAUAGCAAGGAACACAUUAAAAAACUCACAAGUCUGAAAAACAAAUUGGAAAAAAGAAAGAAGUUUUUGAAUAACCCAUCAAGUGUAUUAAAGAAUUACACCGUUUUCUUCAACAAGAAGAAGGAAGCAGAAAGGAAGGAAGUAGAAAAUACACUUAAGAACACCGAGCUUUUGUUGAAGUACUAUAAGGCACAAGCCAAAUAUUACAUAGGUGAACCCUUUCCAUUGAAGACCUUAAGUGAAGAGUCCUUGCAGAAGGAGGACAACUACCUAAACUUAGAAAAGUUUAGAGUGUUGAGCAGAAUGGAGGGCAGACUUGGAAAUAACAUCAACUUGGAGAAGGAAACCAUAACCUACCUUUCCAGUGGACUGCACCACGUCUUUACAGAACUGAAGGAAAUUAUAAACAACAAGAGAUACACUGGUAGCGACCACAAAAAGAACAGUGAAGCAGUUAAGAAGGCGUUGCAGGAAUACCAAGAUUUGCUCCCCAAGGUGGCCACUAAGGCAAGCCCUUCCUUACCAGCAGCACCAGCACAACCAGUAACACCACCAGUAACACCACCAGUAACACCAGCAGAAGAAACAGAAGAAUCAGCAGCAGAAGCAGAAGAAUCAGCACCCACAGCACCACCAGUAAAACAAGAAGCAGGACCAACGGCAGAGGCACCAGUAGCAGCAGAAACAGCAGCAGAAGCACCAGAACCAGAAACAGAAACAGAAACAGAAACAGAAACAGAAACAGGAGAAACACAAACACGUGAAGAAUCAGCAGCUGGAACAGUACAAACAACACCAGCGGCAGGAGGAGAAGGACAAACCGGACAGACAACACAAGACGUAAAAGCACAGGACUACGACGAAGUAAUCGCUCUCCCCCUGUUCGGCAACAACGAUGACGAUGGCGACUACGACGAGGAAGACCAAGUAACAACUGGUGAGGCAGAAAAUGCGCAGCCUGAAGUGAUCAUACCAGAAGGAAUAAGCGAGUACGAAGUGGUAUACAUAAAGCCAUUAGCAGGAAUAUAUAACACAAUAAAGAAACAACUGGCUAAUCACGUGGCCGCAUUCAACACUAACAUAAUUGACAUGUUAGAUUCUAGAUUGAAGAAGAGAAGCUACUUCUUAAGUGUGUUAGAAUCUGAUUUUAACCCAUUUAAAUAUUCCUCAUCCGGCGAAUAUAUCAUGAAGGACCCAUACAAACUGCUGGAUUAUGAGCAGAAGAAGAAGCUGCUAGGAAGCUACAAGUACAUCAGUGCGUCGAUCGACAAGGAUAUAGCCACCGCGAAAGACGGCCUAGCGUACUUCAACAAGAUGAGUGAAUUGUAUAAGAAUCACAUGGAUGCAGUGCAUGCACAUAUUCAAAGCAUAGAAAAGGGUGACAGUGAAACUGAUGGUGACCAAUUGAAUGCCAAGAAUGAAGAAGCGAAGAAAUAUCUGCCUUUCCUGAACAGCAUCCAAAAGGAGUACGAAACCCUCAUGAACAAGGUACACAUCUAUACGGACAACCUAAAAAAAUUUAUGAACAAGUACCCGAUUGAGAAAAAAGAAACUGAAAUUAUUGUGAACAAAUUGGAGAACUACACUAAAAUGGAUGAGAAGUUAGAGAUCUUCAAACAAUCCAAGAAAGAAACUGAUGUAAGAUCUUCUGGUCUGUUGGAAAAAUUCAAGAGCUCAAAAUUAAUUAAUGAAGAAGAGUCCAAGAAAGUAUUAUCCAAGCUGUUAAAUGUGCAAACUCAGUUGUUACAUAUAAGUUCCGAUCAUAAAUGUACAGAUACCGUUGUGCCUGAUAAUGCAGCCUGCUAUAGGUACUUGGACGGAACAGAAGAAUGGAGAUGUUUGUUAACCUUUAAAGAAGUAUCAGGCAAGUGUGUGCCAGCACCGAAUAUGACUUGUAUGGAUAACAAUGGUGGUUGUGCCCCUGAAGCUGAAUGUAGUAUGCCUGACAAUAAGGAAAUUGUGUGUAAAUGUACUAAAGAAGGUUCUGAGCCACUCUUCCAGGGAGUUUUCUGUAGCUCUUCCAGCUUCCUAAGCUUGUCGUUCUUAUUGCUCAUUUUGCUUUUCCUUCUUAACAUGGAGCUUUAA